AAGAAUUAAUUUUUUUCUAAUCAAUUGACAUUUAAAUUUGAUCCAAUUGUUUUGACUUUGAUUUCUUUUUUUCAGAUUGACAUUUAAGGAAAUUGCAAAAUUUGUUGAUCUCUAUGUGAUUAAGUAGAAGAGAGAAUUCAUUGUGUCAUUUGAGUCUUAUGAGUGAUUGAUUAUGUAACAAUUAUUUAAGAAUUUGUAAUCUCCAUAUUUAUUGUUUUUUUAAAAGAUUCAUUUUGGUUUGAUUGUUGACCAGUUGUACCAUUGGCUUGUGAGUUAAUUGUCUGUUUAUGGUGAUUUAAUACGACAUUUGUAAAUGGCGGCCAUUCAUUGGGUGUAUCUUUUGGUGUUACUUUUCCCUUUGAGUCUGGGGAACCAUUGAAACUACUCCUUCUUUUGUCGUAACAAACCUAAAGAAAGAACCUGAGAAAAGUGAAAUGAAAGAAGAGAAAGAAAGAAAGAAAGAGAUAGUCAUGAGCAGAGAAUUAAAUAUUUACUCCACCUUUUGUGGUACUUGUUUUCCUGUGAUUAUCCAAAGAAAAGUAUCCAGAUAAUGAAGAAGAAGAUAAAUAUCUACCUCGGUUUCGGUUUUUCAUUCUAACAGCUGAUUUUCCAUCACCAGUUAAAUUUCUGGUUCAUCUUUUGUGUUUAGUGAAAGACCCAAAGAGAAACGUGAUUCUGGUUAAUCAACAGAUGGCGAUCUAAUUGUGAAUUAAUUUGGUCUCUCAAAUCGUGUUGAGGUGAAUUGCAAUUGGAACCAAAUUGACCUGUCAUCAAGUAACAGGACAAUUGAAUAUUUUAUCUUCACCGGAAUUUUAAUCAAGUGUUGAUAUUGAUUUGGAUUGAUGAGUUUACCUUGAAAAUGUUACAUUUGCUUUCAAUCAAUGAAACCAUGUGAUGUCUUGUGAUCAGCUGUUGAAACCAUGUUUUUUUCUAACGGUUGUAAUUCAAUAACUAAAGAAUGUUGAAAAUUAACCAUUUGACUGUUAAUUGUGUUGACAAUUUAUCAUAUUUAAGGUGUUCUAGACGUGGAGUACGAUCUGUUCGUGUUGCCCAAGAGAGAUUAAGAAAGUUAGAGGAGAAACAUGCAAUUGAAGAGGCUUUAAUUGUCGCUAAGAAAAAUCAAUUGGAAGAAUGGAAGAAACAAGAUGAACAGAAAUUAAUUGAUUGGACUGGCUGGAGACGAAGAUUCGAAGAUGAUAAAGCGGCCAAAUAUGUUCCAUUACCAUUGAGUUUAACUGGGUUCGGUGAUGGAGCUCGGCCAAGAUACUGGACUCUUAAAUUGCAAAAAGCUUUACAACAAUGGGCAGAAGAAGUGGCCAAAAAGCAAAUAUCGUUUUCAGAUAAAAUACCGGCCUCAUUGGCAAAUUAUUUAAAGUCAAAUGAAUCGUUAAUUGAUACAAAAUUCAAACCUCUCUGUGAUAAAAUGACUCAAGAGAAGUCAACUGACACCACAAUUGAAACAAGUCAAGAUACAUAUGAUAACAAGGCGAUACAAUUUCCGUUUGAAUUGCUUGAUGAACUUAAACAAUCUGAUCAAGAAACUGCUGAGAAAUUGGCUAAGCCAAAAACAUUUCCUUCUGGUUUGGUUGAUAAGGAUUAUGAGAAUUUUUUAAAACAUCAUAAUUUUGUUCAAAAUUUAGCUCAUAAUUUACAAAAUAUCAAACCAAUUGACUAUGAGGAAGAAAUAAAAGGCUGGGGAGCAGAGUUAUGGCGUCGUAAUUAUGGUUCACCGGAUCCAAGGGUCAAACCAAGUACAAUUCCGUGCGGAGGUUGUGGUGCUUAUCUGCAUUGUACUGAUCAAGCUCUUCCAGGUUAUAUUCCUAGUGAAGUUUACAAGCAAUUAAAGCCAUCUGAGUUGAAGAAACGUGUUUGCCAGAGAUGUGACUAUUUGCACAGUUACAAUGUUUCAAUUGACGUCAACGUACCUACUAAUUUAUAUCCUGCAAUUAUCACUGAGAUUCAGCAAAAGACAGGGAUCGUUAUUAUCAUGGUUGAUAUGACAGAUUUUCCUGGAUCCAUAUGGCCAAAUAUUAUCAAAUUGAUUGGUAAAAAUAGAAAAAUCUAUAUUGUCGGCAAUAAAGUAGAUCUACUCCCUAAGGAUGGUGUUGGUUACUUGGAAAGAAUUGAAAAAGCGCUGAAACAGGCGGUUAGAAAUGCUCAUGGAGCCGAAGAGGGCAUAAAUAUCCGAUAUACUUGUUUAAUCAGCGCCAAAACAGGAUAUGGUGUCGAAAGGUUAAUCACUAAAUUACUAAAUGAUGACAAUGGAACCAGAGACAUAUAUUUAGUUGGUUGUACUAAUGUUGGAAAAUCAACCUUGUUCAAUGCAUUAUUACAAUCAGAUUUAUGUGCAAAUCGGAAAAACGAUUUAAUUCAACGUGCAACUACUAGUCUGUGGCCUGGAACGACUCUUAAUCUGCUGCGAUUUCCUAUUAAUCAACUUCGUGGUUGGUUAUUAAGACUGAGACGUGUCAGAUUAAAAAGACAUGAAAAAUUGAGACAGAAAGAAAAGGAUAUGCGACUUACAUUAUAUCGUCAAACUAAGAAUCCUCGAUUAGCCAUAUUGAAUGAUCGUGUUGAUACUUCUUUCCAUGAGAAUUUACCAUUUUCCGUUGAAAGUGGCCAUCCGAUGGCUACGAAACAUGUUUCACCCAAAGCAUUCGAUGCUGCCGAUUUUGCCUACAAAAAUUAUCGAUUUUUCUAUGAUACUCCGGGUGCAGUUUACAAAGAGCAAUUGUUAACUCUUUUAACAACCGAAGAACUGAUUAAGACAAUUCCUAGAGAAACAAUUGUUCCGAGGACAUUUUCUCUUUGGCCUUUCCAAUCGCUUUUUAUCGGAGGACUGGGUCGUCUUGAUGUGGUUCACGCUCGUCAAAAUAUCUUGUUGACAGUUUUUGCUUCUCAUUAUUUACCCAUUCAUGUAACUUUCACCGAACAAGCCAACCAGUUUUACAAUACUUUCCUUGGAUCUGAAAUGCUCGGGGUACCGAUUGGUGGAACUGAAAGGUUAAGCAAAUGGCCAAUUCUUAUUCCAAAAGAAAUCGAUUUAACUGGAAUCGGGUGGAGAGAAAGUUGUGCUGAUGUUGUCCUUUCUUCUGCAGGCUGGAUAUCAGUUACCGCUGACGAAUCAACUGAUCUGGUCCUUAAAGCUUUCACGCCAGAAGGGAGAGGAAUUUAUGUCCGUCAACCAUCAUUGUUACCAUUUGCUGUCAAUAUGCGAGGACCUAAAAUCAAAGGGACGCCUUGUUACGAGGCAGGUAAAACCACAAUCGAUGAAAUCGGCGAUGAUGGUUACUUAAUUGGUGAAAAACAACCGGAUCCUCAACGAAAACUACCUGAAUACAAAGAGGAAACAUUAGACAGAAAAGAGAAACAAUUUAGAUUAACUUAUUAACGAUUCAUGUAAAUUCAUAAUUGUACAAAGACGAGUUCUAAUUGUUAGAUUCUUGAUAAAUAUAAAGAGAAAAAUUUUCUAAAUUUUCUUAAAACUUAUGGAUUAAUAUAAACAAGCAAUUAAUUCUUAAAUCUUGAAAUGAUAAAUGCUAAUUAUGACAUUUACGAUAAUUUUAUCAAUCAAAAUUUUCGAACGAAACAAAAAGUCAACAAAAAUAGUAAUUGAACCGAAUCGUUGAAUGUGUUUUGAUUGCAAUCGAAUUUUCAAUCAGAUAAUCUACCUAUUUUAACUAAUAGCAAUUUAAUUCAACAGUUAAACUAAUAGAAUUUUUUUCAGCAAUCCAACAAUUAUCAGAACAUUAAUCAGUCACAAACGACGAGGUUAACGUGUUUAAAAUUGUUUCUCUUUUUGCUUCGUUAAUUAACUGAUUAUUUUGAUUGAGAAAAAAGGUGACUUGUAGUAUCAAAGAGCAAGAAUGAAGAGAAAAAAUCACAAUUGAUUAGUUAAAGAAAAUAAUUUAUCCACUUACAAUUAAUCCUUUUCUCUAUUAAGUAAUCUAAUUUUUUGUUCUUACUUCAAUCUAAUCUUGAUUAGUGUUUGGUAGUCAACAAGUAACUUACAAGACAACAAGUUGAUUGUUUUCAUUAUCCUCAUGGUUUUCAAUGAGCCAUCACUUCAAUUGUGAUCAUAAUUAACUUGUAAUUAGUGACCUUCAACUGACCAGAUAAUUUAAAAUCCAUCGAGUUAAAUGUGAUAUUAAUUUAGGAGAAUGGCCCAAGUGAAUAAUAAUAAAACAAUCGUUGAUUAUUUACCAUGUUCAUCAACAGUUUCCCAAUCAACAAGUCCACCAACAUCAACUAAUCAAAGUAAAUCAGCUCUACAAUUAAAUGCUCGGAAACGAGCACAAGUAAUUUUUAAUCAUAUUAAAAUGUCAAGUUAUCGAGAUGGUCCCUUUGCAAUUAAACCAAAUAAAACAGUUGAAACCAAUAUUGAGAAAUUAAAUCAAUCAAUUAACAAAAUUGAUGCUUCCAAACCAUCUGAUCCAGUUGAGAAUCCAAUUAAACCAAAGCCGGGUGAUUGUAAUAAUUUACCAACCAUUGGAAUGGAUUUAAUUGCAAGUGAACAUGAUGGAAUAAGGAAAAUCAGAGCGAUAACAAUUAAAUCUGUUCUGUGAUCGUAAUAGGAGACUAAUUGUUAUUAAUUAAAAAUGAUUCUUUUGGAUUUUAUUAUUUUUGUAUGAUAUAAAUAAGUGCAAUUCUUCAGGUCUUUGGGGAGAAAGCAAAUCAUACAACAUUAAUUACUACAAAUCGAGUAAUUAUCAUCGAUCCAGUGAUACAAAUUGAAUAAACAUUAAUUCUGUUUUUUUCUGUGUUUUCUUGAUACGUUAAAAAAAUUAAACUUUGAUUAUUAUCCGGUGA